AUGCCCCCCCUACGGAGAGUGAAAGUGAGACGCCCACCCGCACCAUGGAUGCAAUCAUGUGUGAUACAAGAGCUAAAGAUUAAGCGGGAUACGUUGAGAGCCGAGGCACACGCCACUAACACUGCUAAAUCCUGGAAUGCAUUAAGGCAAGUGCGUUAUCGUAUCAAAUCAGAGAUUGGCAAGGCAAAGCGGCGUUUUGUCACAAAGUCCCUCUUGUCUAAACGUCCCAAGGAGGUGUGGAGGGUAAUUCAUCGCAUACUCAACCCCAGUCACAAAACAAUUCAGGCAGAUCCUGGUAAACUCAAUCAAUUCUUCAUAACAACCAGUCAUAGAACAUUGGGAAGUAAAUCUGAUGCUGAUGCUGUAGGUAAUCUUACUAGACUUGUUCAGUCACUCCAGGAACACACAACUCAAGGGCAUACUUUCAAUUUACAACAAGUCACGGUAAGGGAAGUUGAGCAAGAAAUAGAUCGGCUCCGUAAUGACACUUCAACUGGUGUAGACCGGAUUCCAGCAAAGUUUCUGAAGUUCGCGAAACAAGAUAUAGCAGGGCCUCUAACGCAUAUAAUUAACACUUGUAUCAGAAACUCUUACUUUCCUGAGACCUGGAAGACUGCUCGUGUGUCUCCAAUCCCAAAAGUAAACCAACCAUCUUGUGACUCGGACUUUCGACCGAUCUCAAUUCUACCUGCAAUGUCGAAAGUAUUUGAACGCCUGGUCCUAAAUCAGCUUUUUAAGUACAUCGAUGAUCAGGCUCUUUUAUGUUCGACUAUAUCAGAAUUCGAAAGGGACAUUCAACGAUAA